AACGUUUCAAUCAACAUGAAACUAGUCAGUGUAGUUUGUGUGGCCUUGUUGUUGUUCGCUGGAUCGAUCCAGGGGGAAGAACAGGCACGAUAUGACAACUAUCGAUUGUAUCGGGUGCAGGCCAAAACCUUGGGCCAGUUGAAUUUGUUGAACCAGCUGGAUGGAUCAAGUGACAGUUUGAUCUUCCUGAAAUCGGCAAGGACUGUAGGCGAUAAUUCGCUGGUAAUUGUCGCUCCUCACAAAUUCGCUGAUUUCACCGCCGCCUUGGAACGAGAUGGAAUCAUUGCAGAAGUUGUUCAGAACAACGUUCAAGAAUCGAUCGAUCACGAGAGCAAGCGAAUGGCAAGACGUGCGAAAGGAGACUUCAACUGGACCGAAUACCAUGAGCUGGACGAAAUUCACGCAUGGUUGGACACACUUGCAGCUGAACAUAAGGAAGUUGAAACCAUUGAAGGAGGUCGUUCGUAUGAAAAUCGACUCAUCAAGGGUGUGAAGGUUUCGUACAAAUCAGGCAAUCCAGGAAUUUUCAUUGAAGGAGGAAUUCACGCUCGAGAAUGGAUUUCUCCAGCUACUGUUACCUAUAUUCUGAAUCAGUUGCUAACUAGCCAGGAGCCGGCAGUGAGGAAGAUCGCUGAAAGUUAUGAUUGGUACAUCUUCCCAAAUGCAAAUCCUGAUGGCUACGUGUACACUCACAAAAAAGAUCGAUUUUGGCGAAAGACACGAACUCCAUACGGAGGAGCUUGCUUUGGAGCUGAUCCGAAUCGUAACUGGGACUUUCACUGGGCUGAACAAGGGACCAGCGAUCGUUGCGCAUCGGAAACUUACGGAGGUCCUCAGGCUUUCUCAGAAGUUGAAACCAAGAGCCUUUCUGAGUACAUUACCAGUCUAAAGGGUAAAAUCCAAGCCUAUAUAGGAUUCCAUUCGUUCUCCCAGCUGCUCCUGUUCCCAUACGGACAUACCGGUGAGCACGUCAGCAAUCACGAUGAUUUGAAUGCUAUCGCCAAGGCUACGAUCGACUCGCUGGCCAAGCGUUACGGAACCCGGUACGUGUACGGAAAUGUGUACGAUGCUAUCUAUCCAGCCAGCGGAAGCAGCGUUGAUUGGGCUUACGGAACUUUGGAUGUGAAGAUUGCCUACACCUACGAACUGCGACCGGACGGAUCAUCCGCAUAUGGAUUCGAGCUUCCAGCUAACCAGAUCGUUCCAACCGGAGAGGAGACGCUGGAUUCUUUGGUUACACUCAUCGAGGAAUCUGCUAGCAGGGGCUACUUCAAGGAAUCCCAGUAAGACGUAUUAUGAUGCUAGGUCAUUUGACUAGGGAUGAAUCAUCCCAAAGGAUGAAAAUUCCGUUAAAAAAACAAAAAUCUAGUUUGAGAAAUAUAAUCCUCAUGAUUUGUUGAAUA